GGCUGUGGUUGUGUGUGCGGAAGUGCGACUGGAAGAACGUGAAUGGAGAAACACACUAUUCCACACUUGUGAUACAACUCUAUACUGACCAGCUGGGACUAAACAGACUUUAACAGAGUCAGUGUGACUGUGGUACACACUGUAACACACGCUGUUGAUUAGUGUGUAAACUGUCAAUACUUAACAAUGUCGAGGAGUGCGACAGAUGGGAGCGUUUUAAGUGACGGUUUGUCAGAAGACAUGUUUCAUGCAGAACCUUCGUCUGUGAGAUAUGGAGUGGGUUUCAUGUCUGCAGAGGGUCCUGCUGGGAAUGGAGGGCGUCCGUUUACAUACCGGAACGGACUCGGACCCUGGCCCGGUAUCGCGCUGUCGGUCCUGGCGUCCUCUGCUGCUGUGGCCGCGGUUGGUAGUUUCUCUGCCCUCCUCUACCCAAUCCUUACAGAGCUGCGGGCAGAGAGAGUGAGGGGAGAGGAUGGCACUGAUGAGAAGCUGUUGGGUUUCUGGAGCAUCCUGGUGUUGUCAGUAUUAGCAGGAUGUAUCUGCUGUAUCUUCUCAUGGACUCUGACCUACGUGGACUCCUACCAGCCUGGCAUGGGGUUCCCAGUACUACUGACACCGUCCUACUUGAGAGAUUUAUCGGCCCAUGGUUUCCACAUGUGUUAUGGUGUUGCUGUCCUCAAUGGCAUCAUGGCCAUGCUCACUGUCAUCUGGAGCCUCACCUGACCCAUCUCUCUCUGUCUCACACACACACACACACACACAUACAUACACAUACGUCAACAUUAAGUGUCUUAGUAUGUUGACCACCAUGUGCAACCAGAACAGUUUCAUUGCACAUUGGCAUUGAUUCUAAAGUCUGUGAACUCUACUGGAGAGAUGAACAACUUUCUUCCAAAAGAUAUUCCCUCAUUUGGUGUUUUGAUGAUGGUGGUGGAGAGUGUUGUCUAAUACAUCGGUCCAAAAUCUCCCAUAGGUGUUCAACCGAAUUGAGAUCUGGUGACUGUGAUGACCAUAGCAUAUAGUUAGCAUCAUUUUCAUACUCGUCAAACCAUUCAGUGACCCCUCAUGCUUUAUGGAUGGGGCCAUCAUCAUUCUGGAAGACACCAAUCCCACUCCCAUCAGGAUAGGAGAAAUGUUUCAUCAUAGGAUAGAGGUGAUCAAUUAGAACAACUUUAUAUUGAUUUGCAAUGACCGUCCGUGACAAGUGGACCCAAACCAUGCCAGCAAAAUGCCCCCUACAGCAUAACAGAGCUACCAGAUCCACUCAUUGUAGGGGUCAAACAUUCAGACCUGUAUCAAUUUUUCCAUUAAAUAUAAACAUUGUGGUGUAAAGUUUGGAUGACAAUUAUUAACAAUGAAUAAUGAUGCGUUUGCUAAUUGUGUAUUGACUGCUAAAGAUAAUCAAAACUGAAGGCAUUAUGUUAAAAGGAGAGAUGUAUGUGAUUCUGCACUUACUGAGUAAUAUAAACUACAGUGUAU